CCGCCUCCGCCGGCCGCCCGGACUGCCGGGCUGCUGCGGUCGUCGCGGCCGGGCUCGGCGCAGCCGCCCGGCUCCUUGGCCCCGCGCAGCGGCCCGCUCUCCAGCACCUCCCGUUUGUAGAAAUGGGACGUCGGUCGUCAGAUACUGAAGGGGAAAGCAGAAGCAAGAGAAAAAAGAAACACCGCAGACGAUCAUCUUCGAGCAGUUCUUCAGAUAGUAGGACAUACAGUCGGAAGAAAGGUGGUAGGAAAUCAAGGUCCAAGUCCAGAUCUUGGUCCAGAGAUCGUCAGCCCCGUUCACAUUCUUAUGAUAGAAGACGCAGACAUCGGUCAAGCAGUAGCUCUUCUUAUGGCUCUAGAAGAAAACGAAGUCGAAGUCGUUCAAGGGGUCGUGGGAAAUCCUAUAGAGUGCAGAGGUCUAGGUCGAAAAGCAGGACGAGAAGGUCCAGGUCGAGGCCUCGUCCACGUUCCCAUAGUCGAAGCAGUGAAAGGUCCAGCCAUAGAAGAACCCGUAGUCGCUCCCGGGACAGAGAAUGGCGUAAAGGCAGAGAUAAGGAGAAAAGAGAAAAGGAGAAGGAUAAAGGCAAGGAGAAGGAAUUACACAACAUAAAACGUGGGGAAUCUGCAAACAUCAAAGCUGGAUUAGAACAUCUGCCACCAGCAGAGCAGGCCAAAGCCAGACUGCAAAUGGUUCUUGAGGCUGCUGCAAAAGCUGAUGAAGCUUUAAAGGCCAAAGAAAGAAAUGAAGAAGAAGCAAAGAGAAGAAAGGAGGAAGACCAAGCCACCCUGGUAGAACAAGUAAAAAGAGUAAAAGAAAUUGAAGCAAUUGAAAGUGACUCUUUUAUUCAGCAGACAUUCAGAUCCAGUAAAGAAGUCAAAAAGUCCGUGGAACCUACUGAAGUGAAACAUGCGACUUCAACAUCAGGACCAGCAUCAGUAGUUGCUGAUCCACCCAGUACUGAAAAAGAAAUCGACACCACCAGCAUCCCUACUGCAAUCAAAUACCAAGAUGACAAUUCCCUGGCCCACCCAAAUUUAUUUGUUGACAAGGCUGAUGCGGAGGAAAAGUGGUUUAAGAGAUUAAUUGCACUCCGACAAGAAAGGCUCAUGGGCAGUCCAGUGGCGUAAGCAAUACCCAUGUGACUGAAUUGACAAAAACAUCCUUAAGUUCGAUUUUUAAAUCCCAGUAUUAACUUUUCACUGUUAGAAAGAACUUUUAUCAGGUGGAAUCUCUCCAUUCUCUUUUGUAAGCUCGGAUAUUUGUUGAUUGGAAUUAAAUAAAACAUUUUGAAUGUU